UCGUGCUAACGGCUAUCAGUGGCGCAGGAAACGUGCCGGGCAGCGUACAGCCAGCUCGGAAACCCAAAAAUCACAAAGAUGAGGCUGCAGCUCUUGUUUUUCCUCAGCCUGAGUGCUCUAGUCCGCAAAGGAGAAAACGCCAACGAUGCGGAGAGACGUAUGCAUCCAGUGUUCUCCUUGACGGAAUCCGGAUCCAACUUCAGAGGUCGCUCCAAGCGAGCCAUGCCCCAGAUCGUUUUCGAUGCCCUGAGGGCGGAGGAGCGAUACGCGGAGUACUGGCAGGGAUUGGCGACCCAAACGUUGGAGCAGCAGCUGGAGAGCAAGUCUAGACUGAACACCCAACUGGCCAGGAAUGUGAUGCUCUUCAUUGGCGAUGGGAUGUCCAUACCCACGAUCACCGCGGGUCGCGUUUACCUGGGCGGCGAGGAGAAGCAGUUCGCCUUCGAGCAGUUCCCGUAUGUGGGCCUCAGCAAGACCUACUGCGCCAACAUGCAGGUGGCCGACUCCGCCUGCACCGCCACCGCCUAUUUGGGUGGUGUCAAGGCCAACUACGGAACGAUCGGAGUGAGUGCGGCGGUGCAGUUCAAGGAUUGCCAGGCACAGGCGCUGCCGGAGCACCGUGUGUCCUCCAUCGCGGCCUGGGCCCAGAAAAAGGGAAUGGCCACGGGCCUGGUAACCACCACUUCGGUGACCCACGCCUCGCCGGCCGGAGUUUACGCGCACCUGGCCAACCGGAACUGGGAAAACGAUGCCGAGGUCGCUGGCGAUAAUGGUGACCCCACUCUCUGUCCAGAUGCCGCCAGCCAGCUGAUAAACAGCCCCGUGGGCCAAAUGCUCAAUGUGAUUAUGGGCGGAGGUCGUGAGAACUUCCUGCCACGCAGCGACACAGAUGCCAGUGGAGCACCUGGUCGCCGGCUGGACGGACGCAAUCUCAUCGAGGUAUGGAAGAAUCAGCACACAAACAGUGCUCAUUAUGUGGAGAACCGCAGGGAGCUGCUCAGUCUCUCCAAUCAGACAUCUCGAGUGUUGGGUUUGUUCGCCCCCUACCACAUGGACUACCAUCUGGAUGCGAAUGCCGCGGAGCAACCCACGCUGGAGGAAAUGGUGCAGGUGGCCAUGGACAUCCUGGAGCGGCAGAGUGCGGGGCGUGGCUACUUCCUGUUCGUGGAGGGCGGACGCAUUGAUCAUGGCCACCACGACACGUUGGCCCUGAGGGCCAUCGAUGAGACGGCGGAGUUCGACAAGGCGGUGAGAUUUGCGAGGAGCCACACCAGCACGGACGAUACCUUGAUCGUGGUCAGUUCGGACCAUUCACACACCAUGUCGCUGGCGGGUUACUCCAGCCGGAAGAACGACAUAUUUGGGAUCAACGAUGGGCAGUUGGCGGCGGAUGAUCUGCCAUAUGCCACUCUAAGCUAUGCCAAUGGACCGGGAUACGCCAGCAACAUUCUGAGGGAGGGAGGUGCUGUCAAGAGGAAGAAUCUGAGGGCCAUUAACAUGAAGAACAAGGACUUUAUGUUCCCCAGCACAGUGCCCCUGGAAUCGGAGACGCAUGGCGGCGAUGAUGUGGCCGUCUUCGCCAGUGGACCAUAUGCACAGCUUUUCUCAGGAGUCUACGAGCAGCACUUCAUCCCCCACGCCCUCGGCUACGCCUCCUGCAUCAGCGAUCGUAAUAUGUGUAUCGAUGGGGGCGUGGCAAGGAGUCCACGUUGAAACUUGACAGGGGGAUCAAGGUCGUUUGCGAAGUAAGGAGUCUCAGGGACCACUGUAUUAUUCUCGUAUAAGAGAGAAGAAAGUAGCUUAGUAAUUUUUUAAGAGGGGAAAUUAAAAUAAAUUUAAAAUAUAUUUAAAAACACAAAUGUUUCGAAACAUUUUACUUAAAUUGCAAAUACGAAAUGCAAAUAUCAAUAAUAGAUAAAAUCCGGAAAAAUGUGGAUUUCCUUUGAAAAGGUUUUGAAUAAAAUAGG